GUGACGAUUUCUGUAGUGUCACCCUGUACCAUUGCCCAUUGGCAUUGUACUGUCGAUGCCUGGUUGCAGAGUCUAUGACUCAUGAGGGAAAGAAACAGUUCCAUCGGUCCUACGCCAGGCUACAGAGAUGUCGGAAGACGUACAGGCACCUUGUCCUGAACAAAGGCUGAAGUCGGUAGAAUGAUUUACCUGCGUAUGUGUUGGAGGCGUUGGUAGUUUUGCACUGGUGCCGGAUGUGAACUACCGUCCCGACUGCACAUUACUAAAUCAGAACAUUUGCUUUGCCGCUAUGUCGUAAUAUACAUGUAUUGAGCCGACUCCGACAGCAAUGGUGCAGCGUGGAUUUAUUUCGUGCAUCGAGCCCUGCGUCGCGGCUUGCGUCGUCGCAUGUUGUCUGAUUAGGCCGCUGUGGCCUGGGUGUCAUGGACAAGCAUCUGCCGAUCGUCAUCCAGCCGUGACGGGAGAGGCAUUCCCCUCAAUAUGCUCCGUCACGGAGCUUCCCAACUCCACGUGGACGGAUUUCUCCGGCAGCAUACUUCCGAUGCAUGGAAGCUAUUCCACUCUCAACAACUCCUGCUCGGAAUUCCUUGGCUGGGAGGCCUUCCAGCAGGCCAUUAGCUUGUUGUAUGGAAUCGGGCUCCGCACAGUGGCAACUCAAGCGGGCCGGUUGCCACAGUUCCUAACAGACAGGUUUGUCGUCUUCAUACGUGACUCGUGCUCUUCCAAUCUCUUGUCAGCAGCACAAGUUCAGUCGGUACUGUCGCUGCGCUACCGUGACAUACCUGCACUUCAGCAGCAGCUUGCGGUGCGAAACAUUCCGAUCGCCGAUCUCCACAUCAACCUGACGUCCCUGCAGCGCACUGUCAUGCAGUGUCCACCGCCGGAAGUGGUGCGCAAUGACUGCACAAUAUUCCGCGAUCUGCUGGCGAUAGCGUCUGACCCGAUGCAUGCGGAGCGCAAUAGGACACUUGGCUCGUUGUCCCGAUUUCUCCAUUCCGGCAAGCGUGUUACCCCCGGCAUCGCUGACAACGAGAUCAACCCCAAUCAGCCUGCAAGCUCAUACAUGAUCGUCCCGGCAUCCAGUCGAGAGUGCCUUGGCAUCUCGCCGACGCUCUCCGCGUUCGACAUCCUGCACUUCAGCGCCUGGGCGAGCAGUCCGAUCUUCAACGACGUCAACGAGUACCCGGCGUUCUUCCGCCUCGUGCCGUCUGACGACAAUCAAGUACUGGCCCUGGCAGAUUUGAUCGAGGAGCUAGGAUUGACUUACCUUGCUUUGGUUGCGGGGGACGAUGAUAUAUACAGUGGACAAGGCUAUACUCUACUGCUGGAGGAAGCAGCACGCAGGAAGACAUUCUGCUUUGGUGUGCGCUCGCGAUUCUCAGCCAGCAGCGCCCUGUCCAUUGCCGCAAGCUUGAGGCAGCUUGCGGAAACGCCCGAGGCAAGGGCAGUCGUCCUGUUUGCCACAGCGGCGCAGGGCGAGAUCUUCUUGCAUGCGUAUAACGAAAAGGGCAUACGUGGACGGUUCCUCAUCGGAAGUGAGGACUGGGUUAACCGUGUGGACCUGAAUCAAUUCCCUCCCGGAUCAUCACUUCACAAUACAAGCAUUAUGGGGUACUUGAACAAUCCAGCUGUAACAUUCCCUGGCUUUGCGCCGCUGAUUAAUGAUUUUGAGUACUUGUUGCAAACUCCCGAGCGAAUCCUGGAGUUCGCUCACAAUCCGUUUGUCCGGUUUUACAUUGAGGACGAGGGUGAUUGUAGCCUGCCAGCUUCUAUGCUGGAACCAACCUGUUUUGCCUCACAGCGGCCAGCGAACAAGAGACCAUGUACACUGGAUAUUAUGGCGCAGUUUCCAGAGCUACCAAUCUCAUUCGGUCGUCACAUGGUAUCCAUCACCGAACUCUUCUUUAGAUUGCUUAGCCCUGUGUCUGCAGAGGAGCCGACGUGCUGGCAGGGAGAUUGCUUCCUCACUCAAACCAAAGUCAGUCCGGAUGUCUACUUGCGGCGCAUGCGCGAGAUGACAGGCCCAUGCCGACCCCGCCGGGGAGAGCUGAAUCGUACGUGCAAGGUAUUCACGAAGACGCAGAGCGUGUACCCGGCCUACUCCCUUCAGCUCUUGAGCGGCAACGGUGGUCGACGACGAUUCCGGAGUGUUGCAGUGUGGGACGGUGAAGAGGGCAGCACUCACUUCACCAGACUGACCUGGAACGAAUCAAUGUGCGUUGACUUUGGCCUCGGAAGUUGCGUGGAUAUGACGGUGAGAAGGUCCAAUUCCUCGUAUCAAGAGGGGACGUCACGAUUCCUUCCGGAAUCUGUAUGCAGUCCGCCUUGCCCGCCCGGAACCCUGCGGCGAAUUCCCACCGACCCACUUCAGUUCUGCUGCUGGACAUGUGAUGUAUGUGCUGAAGAUCAUAUCAGCAACGAGACAAACUCCGAAGCUUGUUUUCCCUGUGAGAGCGGUAAGUUUGCUGAUAGCCAGCGGACUCGGUGCCAAGAUCCUCCGAUCGUACGGCAGCCAUGGUCGAACGGAUGGACGUGGGUUAUCGUCUCCAUGUCCGCUGUGAACGGUGUACACGUCGUGUUUCUGAUGGCGUAUUACACGCGGCAUCGCCGUGCGCCUGUGAUACGCGCAGCUAGUUAUGUACACAUGAUGAUCAUAAUGCUGUCCGUGCUCGCCAGUGAUGUCAUCCUGCCGAUCACGCUGUACAUGCGACAGGACUCAGUGAACCAGUGUGCUCUGCAGAGACAGUUGUACUUUCUACCCAUCACAUGUAUGCUCGUCACGUUCUUUCUCAAAACGAAUCUCAUCCGAAAGUUGUUCAGAUCAACAAGCGUCAUCAAGUCCUCUCAGCUACGCGGCAAACUUCUCUCACCCGUCGGCCAAAUUCUGACAGUAAUCAUACUCACUAUUGUCCUGACUGGAAUUGUCUCCGUGGCCAUUGUUUUAUCCCCGUCCACGUUUGAACUAGUCCAGCGCACCGACCGCACUGCCACAUACAUAUGCACUGGGCGCCUGGUCCCGGACAUUGUACGUCUCGCUAUUUGCGCCGUGUUCUUCGCCGCCAUUUUCAUCGUGUCGUUCCGCACGCGCAACUUACCGCACGAGUUCAACGACUCUCGCCUGAUCUUGACCACGUCGCUGAUAAUUUUCCUCAUCUUCAUUGGCGUCUCACCGGUAGUAUUCAGCUCGGAUGUCUCGUUUCGAAUCGUUGGACUUGUUUUGAUUGGCCACAGUAUCAACCUGUGUACGGCCAUCGUAAUGUGCACUCCACGCGUCUACUGGAAUCAUUUCGGGUUCGACAAUACGGACCAAGCUAGACUCGUAUCAUUGCGUGGACAAUCAUUAUCCUCCAGCCAAUCUACGACUGCCGUACCGCAUUCUCCGUCCGGUAAGAAGCCCGUGACAAUUUCCUCGCCAGGUUCUUCGGAGCACAGUCAGCACUAUGCUGCAGCUGAAGCUGAUACGGUACUAGCUGUGCCUGAUACGAGGAAUGGCGCACCGCCAAAUGGACAUGCUGUCACCACAACAAAACCUUGAGUUAGCUUGACUACCGGUGAUAUUGCAAUGGUUUAUAUGAGAAAAUUGGGGGAGCUGCCAAAGCAAUAUUCUGAAGAAAUUUCUCAAAAAAGCUCGAACCGUAUUUGAAUUAUUCGAAUAAGUCUAGACUCUGCACUGUUUAAACGCACUAUAGUGCAGUGACGCUGAUUCCUUGCUGCGGAGUUGUUGGCUAGCUGAGGCUUGAGGCCAUGCUUUCAAACUCAAACCUGCCAAUCUGUCCAAACCUGAGAUUGGGACAAUGACAUGCUAGUACCUAGGUAUGAGAAUAUGUACAAAUGUAGCCGUGAGGCAGGCGACAAAUGAACGAGUUUGGUUGCAUACUACCACCCUCGAUAUCGGGAUGGUCCCAUGCAGCCAAAUCGAGAUAGUUGGCAGGCAUAUAAGCCCCUACAACGGCGAGAAAACCACCGCGGGUAGACCGCUGUAGAGUCCUAACCAUUAAAGUUUACAAAUUUUCCACGCAUUUCAAUUUCAGCCGCUGUUGGCCAUAAUCCUUUUCGGCCAGAGAUAACCAUUUUAAAUUUUUUAUUUAACCUGUAAAGCUCCUGCCUGAAUCUCCUUUCAUACUGUGUAUCAUGCAAAUUGAGAUUUCAGCUGCAACUAAUAAUAAUUAUUAUCAAUCCUCGAAGCAUCUAGCCAAAAUUGUUGAAACGAGAGAGCUUGGAAGCUCAGGGCCCGCUAUGCUUUUUUGCCUAGGGAGAGUCAACUUUCUCUUUGUAUUCGAGGGUAUUACGACACCGUCUACCACCUUGAUGACGUAGGCGAAAAAAGCAUAGGGAUGUUAUAAUUUUUUCAUUUCUCCAAUUUAUUUUAAGACAGCCUAGGAUUCGAACCCGCACUAUCGCCCUGCAUGCAUUCACCCGAUACACUUCGCAUACAUACUCAUUCUUCCAAGUUGCUUCACGCCAUGAUCUUGUAUUUGAAAGCCC